AGGACGAUCAGUCUCCUCUGUGCUUCCGAGAGCGAUAGGACCGGGCCCUGCGUGUCAUGGUUGAGGGAAAAAUGAAGAACGCGACGUCGGGCGGGAGAGAGAAAGAGGAGGAGAGGAUCGCUCUUCUGGAUGCAGAACCGGGACCCAGCUUCACAUAUGCACAAGGCCCCUCCAACUUCCCGGCGCUAGGCGAGAGCUCCAAAGCAACUUACGGGACUAUCGAGAGAGGUGAAUCGGAAGGAGAGAAGAAGUCAGGUGCAAGCACAGAAGACGGUGGCUGGGACCCCGAGAUGAAGAAGGUGCUCCUGGUGGCGGCGCUGGCUCUGGCCCUCUUCCCGCUGGUGAUGGGCCUGGCGUGGCUCCUGCCCUACGCGCUGGACGUGCACUUCCGGCACGCCGCCGUCGUCGCCGACGCUCCGGGCUGCGCACACGCUGGGAGGUUAAUACUCUCAAGAGGCGGUUCGGCGGUGGACUCUGCCGUGAGCACCAUGUUGUGCCAGGCUGUGGUCCACCCACACAUUACCGGCCUGGGCGGUGGCUUCGUAAUGCUCAUAUACACCGCAAAAACCAAGACGGUCGAGACUCUCAACGCACUGCCAGCAGUUCCAAGUGGAUCUUAUAACUCCAGUUUACAACUUGGGAGACGCAGUAAAAGAGGUGCAGAAUCUAUUGCAGUUCCUGGUACGUUGCCCGGCCUGUGGGAAGUUCAUCAAAAGUAUGGUAAAUUACCCUGGAAAGUGUUGUUUGAUGCAGCAAUUGAGCUGUCUGUAAAUGGAUUCAAAGUUAGUCCAGAUCUUGCUAAAAACUUAGCAAAGCACUCAGGAAUGAUAUUAGCAGACCCAAAUUUGAGUGACAUUUACAAAAAUCAGUCGACAGGGAAGGUAGCACGGGAAGGUGAUACUAUACGGAACGUGUAUCUCGCAAGGACAUUAAAACUGGCUUCUCAGUUAGGUCCGCAGGCACUCUCAUCAGAUGUGCUGGAUCACCACCUGUCAAAGGACAUAAAAGCUGCUGGUGGACACCUCAGUAUCGGAGAUCUCCAGCGUUACAGGCCCCAAUGGCAGAAGCCUCUGUCGAUCGAUGUGAAGGUGCCUGACAAGAGAAGAGUCUGCCUUCAUACAACACCUUUGCCUACAGAUGGCUUCAAAGUUGCGCUCAUGAUGAGACUUUGUGAGGGUCAUUACGAUAAAAGCAGGGCCAGUAAGCAACAGAUGCUUUCAGCUUUCAAGACGACUUACGCUGUGUCCCAUCUUGUUAACAAUGGCAACAUGGAUCAGGUGAACAAGACUCUGCAACAGUUGCUUUCCAGUGACCGCCUUGUGGGAAUUAUGAAAAUCUUAUCGGACCGCAUAUCUACAGAGGAUAUUCUCUACAGUGCGGACAACAUGGACACAGAUCUCGAUUCUGACGCCAGUGGAUUUUGUAUAAGGGCAUCGAAUGGAGAUGCCGUCGCAGUUGCCAGCACUCUCAACUCAGUGUUUGGAUCAGGCGUAAUGUCUCGAUAUACUGGUAUACUUUUAAAUAAUCAGAUGGAUAAAUUUGUCCUGGCUGACAAUGUGACGCGUGAGAACGUCAGCAACACCAUCAAGCUGAAGCAAGAGGUGGUUUCUGUUGCGCCAACGAUUAUCCUGUCUUCACAGGGUGAUCUUGAACUGGUGCUGUCAGGGGGUGGUGGCAGAUAUACCAGCGCAGACACAGCUUAUGUUGCAAUUAACAGACUGAUUUUAAGACGGCAUCUGCGGUCAUCUAUCGCGCAAACACGUCACCAUGUUCUUCCUUUUACUGAUAUUGUUGCCCAUGAGAGAAGAUCCCUUAAGGAUGAAACUGGAGCACUUAAGAAGCAUGAUGCAAAUGUUUCUGAAGCAUAUUCCUUUAGAACGGGUGUUAUUGGGGUAGCAAAUACCACUUCCAAUCAAUAUGUUGUCAGCCUUGAUCGUCGAAGAAGCACAGAGUUUGAUGUUAUAUAAUUACUUAUGAUAAUAAUUUUUAGACAGUGUUUACAAAUUAAUAAACUCUUAUUCUUAUUA